AUGACAAAGGUGCCGUACGGCAGCGCCACGACAAAAGAAUGCGUGAAGUGUGAGAGAUCGAUAUCUCGCACGAACUUCUCAACGCACGCGAAGAAGUGCAAGGGGAUAAAAGCGCGUGAAUCCAGGGUUGAUAUUCGCAAGAGGUCGUGGGUUAAGCACCGCGCCAAGCGCGUCUCCGAGCAGCGCUCUCGCCGCGCUACACAACUAUUCCAGAAACUCGAAGUACAUUUUUGCUCAGGUACAGAUAUUCCGAUGGACGAAAUCGACUUGAUGUCAAAGGCGUGGUUCGAAAAGGCCUACCUUCUUCUGCAUCCUGACAAGCGCCAUUGGAUGCCACCAGAGUUUCAAGGAGAGCCUGCUGAGAGUUUGCUUCAAGAAAAGAUGCAAAGUAUUCGUUGUGAGGAGAUACAGGCCCAAAACGCAGCUCUCAGAGCUCCAAUUCAAGAUGAAAUUGACAGCUUCAAAGAAGGCAAGAAUUGUGCAAGUUUAGCUGAGUUUGAAGGGAUAUAUAUGGCGGGUUUUAUCGAGAAAGACAAGAUAUAUGAGAGCAAGAUGAAGGAAAAGGAGAAGGAAAAGGAGAAGGAUCUGACGGACGAGCGUCGCUUUCGGGAGGUGUUUGGUUUUGAUUCGGAUAGUGAAGAAGGAUAG